UAUCUGUCCCCUCCCAGCCUGCCCGCCCCGCAGCCACAACCUGCAGCCAGGGAGCUCUGCCAGGCCAGACAGCUCAUCGCUCCGGUCCUCCCUUCCCCGGACCAUGGAGCCUCACUGGAGCCACAUCGCUGCCCUCUGCACCCUGCUGGCCUGGGCCUCCUGCACCACGCAGGGAGCCGGCCCUGACAAUGACUUCGACAUCCAAGAUUGCGUAGAGCUAUAUCUUCACAACUGCACGAAAUUGGGGGGUUUAUUCAGACAAUGGAGGGUGCCGACGACAAUUAUCUAAUGGCACUAGACGUUCGGAUUCAGAAAGUUCAAGCUUUCUAACCGGUACAACCCAAAUGGUCAAUGUCACGUAUCGAAAUUCACAAAGGAAACAGCCUUAAAUCAAAUUCCUGCCUCCCAGGCAGCCCUCUGCCACGCUGUGCGUUUCACUGAUCAUCGGCGGAAAGACUUUUUAUCAGUUCGUGCAUGUACUGUGUGAAAUCAACAUUUACUGAUACCGAUCUGCUCCUCCCAAGCCCUUGCACAGAUAAGCGUGGUGGGCAGUUGCACGAGCGUGUGUGUUAUGAGAAAUGUCUUUGGAUUGAGGGGGUGGGGUGCAAGUUACGUGAAAUACGUGUUAGGAAAGAUGCACGAUGAGAAGCUGCCACGUACAGACAGCGAGAUGUGGAUCUUUGCACAGAUAGAGAAGUCUGCCCUGCUUCUGGCUGAGGAGCCCCUGGACCCCAAAUGUUUCACGCGCUGCCUGGAGGAUCUGACCUGCUUCUGGGAGAGCAGCAGCCCCCCAAGCGCCACCGAAUACGGCUUCUUCUACGUCGUGGAGGGGGACGCCCCACAGCGCUGCAACGUGAGCGUGGCCCGGACGCCCUGGAACAGCACUCGCUUCAGCUGCAUCUUCCCCCCCCAGGACACCCCGUCCUUCACCCCCCUGCACGUCGGCGCCUUCGCUGGCAACAGCAGCAACGUCAUCCACGCCCGCACCAUCAUGAUCAACCAAGUGGUUCUCCUGGACCCUCCAUCCAACCUGACGGCGCGGGCGCCCGAGAGCCCGGGGCAGCUGGCGGUGAGCUGGCAGCCGCCCGGCCUGCGCUACCUGGAGAGCAGCCUGCGCUACGAGGUGGCCUUCGCCCCCGAGGGCGCCGAGCGCCAGACGGUCGACAUCCCCGACGGCCACACCGAGUGUCUGAUCCUCAACCUGCGGGGCCGGACCCGCUACACCCUGGCCGUGCGCGUCCGGCCCGACGGCGUCAGCUACAGCGGCUACUGGAGCGCCUGGUCGGCGCCGGUCACUGUGCUGACGCCCCACGAUCUGGACCCCCUGAUCCUGUCGCUGUCGCUCAUCCUGGUGCUCAUCGUGGUGCUCCUGGCCCUCUUUGCCCUUCUCACCCACCGCAGGUUUUUGAAGAAGAAGCUGUGGCCGGUGAUUCCCAGCCCGGAGCACAAAUUUGAGGGGCUUUUUACCCUCUACAAGGGAAACUUCCAGCUCUGGCUGGGACAAAGGAACGCCUACCCGUGGUGGAGCAUGAACCCUGGCUACUUGGAGGAGCAGCCCACCACGCUGGAGGUGCUGUCUGAGGGCCGCGAAUCCAAGGUGGAGGGGCCGGUGCCCCCUCUGCCCCCCAAAGCCCAGGGCUUGGUCCUGCCCACCCACCCUGAGCUGCCCGUGGAGCCCCAGGAUGACUACCUGGUGCUGGAUGAACAGCUGAUGCCAUGCAGCCUGGGUGAGGACUCUCUGCUCCUGCCAGAGGCCCAAAGCAGUGCGGGCUCUGAAAGCCCCCAUGCCAUGGAGCAGGAGCUGGGCCCCCCGGGGGCUACACCGGAGCCUGUCCCGGAGGAGGGGGUCUCGUCCUCCUCCAGCUUCGAGUACACCGUCUUCGACCCCAGUUCGGAGCUGCUGGCACCCUGUGGGCACCAGCGCCCACUCAAAUACAGCUACCUGCUUGUGUCCGACUCAGGGAUCUCCACUGACUACAACCCCCUGGGCACCAGCACCCACCAGCCCAAUCUCUACACCAACCUGUGCCAGGAUGGGUGCCAGGCCCAGCCCUUCCCAGCCAGCUACGUGGUGUGCUCGUAGUGCCGGCGGGGGGGACUCCAGGCCUGGAGAACAGAGGUGGAACCCCCAUGUCUACUGGACGUGGCGGAAACUCCUUCCUGGCAGGACGUAGCGGGGACCCCGACCAAACAGGAUGUUGAGGGGACCCGGGAUGAUAUAAAGGAGACUGCAUCCCAGCAGGACGUUGAAGGGACCCCAUCACAGCAGGACAUUGAGGGGACCCCGUCCUGGAAUGAUGUAAAGUACACCCCAUCCCAGCAGGACGUUGAGGGGACCCCGUCCCAGCAGGACAUUGAGGGGACCCCGUCCUGGCAUGAUGUAAAGAACACCCCAUCCCAGCAGGACGUUGAGGGGACCCCGUCCCAGCAGGACAUUGAGGGGACCCCGUCCUGGCAGGAUGUAAAGGACACCCCGUCCCAGCAGGAUGCAGAGGGGCCCCGUGCCUAGAGGAUGGAGAUACGACCCCAGCGCCAGCUCCCUCUAGCCUGGGGCUUGCAGGGCUGUGGUGGAAGCCCGUGGAGGUGGAGUCCAUAUGACCCCAGCUCAGGCUCAGACUGGGCUCUGGCCAGGACGGAAACUCCCACGUGGCCGGAUGGGCCAUGGGCAACGCGGCCGGUGCUGGCUGUUACAUCCCCAGAGCAGGUGGUCAGGGACCCACCUGCCAGCAGGGGGCGCGACCACCAAUUCCUCCCCACCCCACCAGAGCUGGCUUGGAUUCGAAACACGAACUGGCUGGAAGCUGCAGCCCCCUGUGCCACCAAGGGGACCCCAUCCACUCUGCCCCCGCCCAAGCCUGGCUUAGCUGCAAGGGAUGCUGAGAGUCCUGCAAUCCUGCUUCGUGCCCAGGGACAUGGGCUUCCGGCCCCUUUGCUAUGUGUACGGGGUAGGGAGAGCUCAAAAAGCCCCAUUACCCCUGUAAAUCUACUGCUGUGACCAAUGUAUUAGUCAGGCAGCAGGGGCCAGAGGGUAGAGAGAGAGUGGGAGUGGGUGGGCUGAGUGUCAGGACUCUUGGGUUCUAGCCCCAGCUGUGGGAGAAGAGUGGGGCCUAGUGGUUAAAGUUAGGAGAGCUGGGAGUCAGGACUGCUGGGUUCUAUCCGAGCUGUGCCACCGACUUGCUCUGUGACCCUGGGCAUUCCCCCCCCCUUCUGCGCCUCAGUUUCCCCACUUGUAAAACAGGGCUGACAAUACUGACCAACCCAGGCUGUCAUCUGGAUUUUUCCCUUUAAGUAUUUAACUCCAUGGGGUUGUCCCUGCCCUGGGCGCUCUUGGAUGGACUGAUUUGCACUGGCACCACCAGCAACCCAUCUGGGCAGCACUGAAACGCCUGGGGGUCGCAGGCCGUCUCCUACCUGCCCGGCAGCGGUGGGCCCCAGCUUAGGCCAGGGGCUUGUUAAAGGGGAGCGGGGGGGGGGAGGGCUGGCGAGGAGGGCCAGUGCGGGUUGAGAAUCCCCCAGAACUAGGGGACUGCCCCGCAGUGCCUUGGCAGGGGUGGGGCCCGGCUAGGAGCCUCCAGUGGCUGGAUGCAUGAUAUAAACGGGCUGGCUUUUCCCACUCCACGUCUGCCUAGUCUCAGCUGGGGAAGGCUCCACGCAUCCGGGACACCCCGUUACGUCAGCUGUCGGAAACCGACCAAGCUCCGGCUUCAAACCAGUUAGGUCUCCUCCCCUUCACUGCUCCUCCAGGGGACUGCUGUCUUCUCUGCUGGGGAGAAACCUCCUUCCCCAUCCACCAUGUCUGUCCCUGGCCAGCCUUGUUCUUUAGUGUCCCGACUGCUCCUCCCUCCCUGGGAUCCCACCCGUAGCUUUAUAGAGCAGCCAGAGCCCCUUACAGACGCGUUUUUGGCUCUGCCUUCCCAAGCAACCCUUUGCUGCGCUGGGGGAGAGACUGGAACCUCUGUAGGGCAGGGACUGGCUUUGUGACCUGAGUUUGUACAGGGCCUGGCACAAUGGGAUCCUGGACGCUGCCAUCAUACAGUGAAUCAUGUUUUCCGCUCCUCAUAGCAGGGCCUGAGGAGCCCAGCGCGACACUGGAUAAAGCCAGCGCGCAUGGCUGCCUGUCCCACGUGCUGGAGUCUCGCAUGUGCACAGCACUAGUGCAAGGAAACGUGGCAAUGGGGCCCUGGACACUGCUGGCUCUCCUGUGCCCCUGGGCGUCCGUGACUCCACUGGCUCUCAGCCCGGGCGUUGACGGUGCUGGGGUGGAAUCGAGGGAGUAGCUCCGCUUGGGUCCAGCCCCCCAGCAGUGUGAGAACACGUCCCCACCUGAUAGCGAUUAUCUCCACAGCAACCAGCCCCCCGGGGGUUAUCAGCAGCGGCUCAGCUUGGGGCAGGCUGGGGCUGGGACUGGCGCGGCUCCAACAUCGGCAGGGUGAGCCACUUGGGAAGGGAGCCCGGGAGGGGGCAGGAGCUGACGGCUGCAGCAGGGAGCUGCUGGGCCUGAUUCGUGGCUCCACCUUCCUUGUACCCCCUCCCCCAGCUCUGUGCCAGAUCAGCUCCAUGGCACUAAGCCAGCUGUGAGGGACACUCAUGGCUGUGGGAGGGGGAGUGGGGUCUAGUGGGUUGGGGGGAGGGAGGGUCUGGGAGCCAGGACUCCUGGGUUCUACUCCCAGAUCUGGGAGGGGCUGGAGUCAGGUUCCGUGUCUGGCUCUAGAUGGGGAGUGAGAUCUAAUGGGGGAAGUGACUUUCUCGAGGUCAGACAGCAGGUACUGAGUGGCAGAGCCAGGAACAGGGGCCCAAUCUCCUCUGCUCCGAGCCCUGCAUCCUACGCACUGGAACAGAUGGACUCCCCCUCAGAGCUGGGCGCAGCUAACCGGUCAGGUCACCCCACCUCCCCAGAGAGCCGAAACCGUGGAAAAUAAAAUAGAUUCAGCGGUAGAGAGUGCGUAUUGCUCUACGUCUGUGCAGCACCUGGCGCGAUCUCGGCUGUUUCUUUGGUGGUACUGGAAUAAACAGAUUUGAACUGUU